AACCAACAAAAAAUUAAGAACGCACGGAAGGAAAGGAGAUAGAGAAACUAAACUGGACUCUUUAAUUUUGGCCGACCCAUUGCCAGUUUGCCACGCCCAUGCCGCAGGCAUCCAAAUCUGCUGCCGGAAGCCGCAAGGAAGCAAAGCAUUCGCAUCCGGCGUUUGCGUUCCUCUCUCCUCUCCUCUUCUCUUUCUUCCUAGCUGUUUGCGCUGCGCACAUUAGCUGUCCUCUAGUGUAUUGCUCUUGGUCUGGUUGCGAGUGGGAGGAACAGGACUACAGGAGGGGGGAGAGAGAGAGAGAGAGAGAGAGAGAGCAUCGCCCCGCUGGCCGCGCCCAUGGUGAUCCCCGUGGCCGUGGCCGUGGCCUAGCGGAGAAGCAUCCGAGGAGGCGAGGAAACGUGUUGCGGUUUUGUCAGGGGGUUCUGCUGGUGUUGGGGGGAGCGAGUAGAGGGGACCGAGAAUGGCGGCCGCAUUGUUCGGCCUUCUCGUUGCUCUCGCGGCGGCGGCGACGGCGGGAGCCACUACCGAGUCCUCCGACGCUGCGGCCCUGGGGAAUCUGUACACCUCCUGGAACAGCCCGUCGCAGCUGGCUGGCUGGUCGGCCAGCGGCGGCGACCCUUGCGGCGCGGGGUGGCAGGGCGUCUCCUGCAACGGCUCGGGCGUCACCGAAAUCAAGCUUGCUGGGACAGGGCUGAAUGGUUCUCUGGGUUACGAGCUCUCAAAUCUGUACUCACUGAAAACAUUGGAUUUGAGCAACAACAACAUCCAUGGUUCAAUUCCUUACCAGCUACCACCAAAUCUCACAUAUCUGAAUCUGGCAACCAACAAUUUCUCUGGCAAUCUUCCAUACUCCAUAUCCAACAUGGCUUCAAUUGAGUACCUCAAUAUCAGCCACAACUCACUGUCUCAACAAAUUGGGGAUUUAUUCAGAAACCUCAAUUCACUUUCAGAGCUAGAUAUAUCUUUCAACAAAUUGACAGGGGAUCUUCCCAAUUCUAUUGGCUCUCUGUCAAAUAUUUCCAGUCUUUAUAUGCAAAACAAUCAAUUAACAGGUCCUGUCAAUGUUCUCAGUGGUCUAGGCCUUACUACACUAAACAUUGCAAAUAACAAUUUCAGUGGCUGGAUACCAAAAGAGUUCAGCUCAAUCCCAGACGUGAUACUUGGAGGAAACUCAUUUGCCAACGGACCUGCACCCCCACCACCGCCUUUUAUGCCACCACCCCCUAGAAGGCCACGCAAUCGUCCUAACAAUUCUGGGGGAAGUGGAAAUGCUCCAAAAGGCUCUGAGAGUUCCACUGGUCAAGGUGACAAGAAGCAAGGUCUGCAGACAGGUGCACUUGUCGGGAUAAUUGUUGGUUCAAUACUUGCUGCCUUGUGUGUACUUCUUGUUUUGGUAUUAUGCAUCCGUAAUGCUCGGAAAAGGAAGGAUGACAGUAGCAGUGAAUCCAAAGAUUUUGUGGGUCCACUAUCAGUGAACAUUCAGGAAGCUUCUGACAGGGAAAUCGCAGAGCAUGGUCAUGAGAAUACCUCUGUAGCAGCUAUGAAAGUCCUGCCUGCUGAGAAAAUGACUCCUGAGAGGGUUUAUGGUAUUAAUGGUUCUAUGAGAAAGGCAAAGGUACCCAUAACUGCGACGCCUUAUACCGUUGCUUCCCUACAAGUUGCUACUAAUAGCUUCUGUCAAGAUUCGCUUUUAGGCGAGGGUUCACUUGGUCGGGUUUACAAGGCUGAUUUCCCUAAUGGAAAGGUUCUUGCAGUCAAGAAGAUAGACAGUGCUGCACUCUCUUUGCAGGAAGAAGAUAAUUUCCUUGAGGUUGUAUCAAGCAUGUCACGACUUAGGCAUCCAAACAUUGUGCCACUUACUGGGUAUUGUGUUGAGCAUGCGCAAAGGCUUCUUGUUUAUGAGUACAUUGGAAAUGGAACGCUGCAUGACAUGCUGCACUUUUCUGAUGAGAUGAGCAGGAAGCUUACAUGGAAUAUCCGUGUAAGGAUAGCACUAGGCACUGCUCGGGCGUUAGAAUACCUGCAUGAGGUGUGCUUGCCUUCUGUCGUUCAUAGAAACUUUAAGUCCUCGAACAUCCUACUUGAUGAAGAGCAUAAUGCACAUUUGUCUGACUGUGGGCUUGCUGCCUUGACACCCAAUACUGAGAGACAGGUUUCUACGGAAGUGGUCGGCUCGUUUGGAUACAGCGCCCCAGAGUAUUCCAUGUCAGGAAUUUAUACUGUAAAGAGUGAUGUGUACAGUUUUGGAGUAGUGAUGUUAGAGCUAUUGACCGGACGGAAGCCACUAGAUAGUUCUAGAGAGAGGUCAGAACAGUCUCUUGUUAGAUGGGCUACUCCUCAGCUUCAUGAUAUUGAUGCACUUGCUAAGAUGGUUGAUCCAGCACUAAAUGGAAUGUACCCUGCGAAAUCGCUCUCCCGCUUUGCAGACAUAAUUGCACUCUGCGUUCAGCCGGAGCCAGAGUUCCGUCCUCCUAUGUCAGAGGUUGUCCAGCAACUUGUGCGUCUGAUGCAGAGGGCUAGCAUAGUAAGGCGACAAUCAGGUGAAGAACUAGGGUUUUCGUAUAGAGCUCCAGAACGCGAAGGAGACAUGAGAGACAUUUCCUUCUGAGGAAUUUUUCUUCUACGCAGCAAGUGGAAGGAAACUCAGAUAGUCGGAGGCGAUAAAUACAAGGAUUGGGCAAUGGAUAUGAGAUGGAGAAACGAGUUCAGGAUCAAAUGAAUUUGAGAAGAUAAUUUUGGUACUUCAUUGUUUCUUCUUCUUUUUCAGUUUUUUGUUGGGAAGGAUAAACUGUGUGGCUAAAAUGAAUGGCAUGUAUAGUAUGUUGGUCACUGGUAGGGAAAAGAAAUAUUAAUGCUCCAAAACUCUUACACCUCACUGCAGCCAUGCACAUAUGGGACAACUUUCAUGGAUGUCACAAGUAUAUACCUUUUACCUGGCA